CUGGGGCGCGGCGGGAGCCCGGAGCCCGGCGCCCCUAUGCGCCGCCUCGCCGCCGCCGCGCUACAGCUAUGACCCUGAGCACGGAGAUGUCCGAUGCCUCCGGCCUCGCGGAGGAGACAGACAUCGACGUGGUAGGGGAGGGCGAGGACGAAGACGACGAGGAAGAGGACGACGACGAGGGCAGCGGCGGCGUGUCCCGCCUGGCGGUCCCCGCGCAGCGGCGGCGGCGGCGGCGCUCCUACACCGGAGAGGACGAGCUGGAGGACCUGGAGGAGGACGACGACGACGACGAUGACAUCCUGCUGGCCCCGCGCUCAGUGGCCUCCCCGGCGCCCCCGGGCCCAGCCCCAGUGGCGGGGGCCGGGGCCGGCGGGGGCGGCGGCGCGGGCUCGGGCGCGGGCGGCGGCGGCGGCGGCGGGACCGCGGGCGGCGGCGCCAAGAACCCCCUGGUGAAGCCGCCCUACUCGUACAUCGCGCUCAUCACCAUGGCCAUCCUGCAGAGCCCCAAGAAGCGGCUGACGCUGAGCGAGAUCUGCGAGUUCAUCAGCGGCCGCUUCCCCUACUACCGGGAGAAGUUCCCCGCCUGGCAGAACAGCAUCCGCCACAACCUCUCGCUCAACGACUGCUUCGUCAAGAUCCCCCGCGAGCCCGGCAACCCCGGCAAAGGCAACUACUGGACGCUGGACCCCGAGUCCGCCGACAUGUUCGACAACGGCAGCUUCCUGCGCCGGAGGAAGCGCUUCAAGCGGCAGCCGCUGCUCCCGCCCAACGCCGCGGCCGCCGAGUCGCUGCUGCUGCGCAGCGCAGGGGGCGCGGCGGGCGCGGGCGACCCCGCGGCGGCCGCGGCGCUCUUCCCGCCCGCGCCCCCGCCGCCCCCGCACGCCUACGGCUACGGCCCCUACGGCUGCGGCUACGGCCUGCAGCUGCCGCCCUACGCGCCGCCCUCGGCCCUCUUCGCCGCCGCCGCGGCCGCCGCCGCCGCCGCCGCCUUCCACCCGCACUCGCCCCCGCCGCCCCCGCCGCCCCCGCCGCCGCACGGCGCGGCCGCGGAGCUGGCCCGGACCGCCUUCGGCUACCGGCCGCACCCGCUCGGCGCCGCCCUGCCCGCCCCCCUGCAGGCCUCGGCUGCCAAGGCCGGCGGCCCGGGCGCCUCGGCGCUGGCGCGCUCGCCCUUCUCCAUCGAGAGCAUCAUCGGAGGCAGCCUGGGCCCGGCCGCCGCCGCCGCCGCCGCGCAAGCAGCCGUCGCCGUGCAGGCCUCGCCUUUACCCUCUGCGGGGACCCCGUCCGCGCCCGCGCCGGGAUCCGGCGGCGGCGGCGGCUGCGCGGCUCAGGCGGCCGUAGGCCCGGCCGCCGCGCUCACCCGCUCCCUCGUGGCCGCCGCGGCCGCCGCCGCCUCCUCGGUCUCCUCGUCCGCCGCGCUGGGGACUCUGCACCAAGGGACUGCCCUGUCCAGUGUCGAGAACUUUACUGCUAGGAUUUCAAAUUGUUAAUAACGCUAUGUUAGCGCGCUUGGGAAAGAGAAGGUAGGAAUCCCGGCUCUUUUUUUUUUUUUUUUUUUUUCUUUCAUCUUGCUGGUUUGGCGUUUGGUACACUUCUCCCGGCGCGGCCCCUCCCGACCUCGCGCCCCCAUUUUCGCCGCUUGGGACUCUCAGACAAGACUGAGUUUGGCAGCAGCGGGGACGCGCUUUUUGGCUCUGCGGGUCCCUCUAUUUAUGCAAAAUCGCCCUAUGCUGCAGGCCCCGACCCGGGGUGCGGAGGAAGAGGGUACUGGUGGGGGCACUCCCUUGGCCUAAGCACAAGGGGCUUCCUUGACUUGUGGGAAACGUUUUUCUAAAAAAUCUAAGCCUUUUUGAGGUCUAGAGAUUCUCAGGUCCAGGCGUUAAAAAUAUCAGUAAUGUUCAAAAGAAUGAUAAACAGUAAAGGUCCUGAAGAGUGCCAGCGAAGCAGUAGUUUUUAUUUGAGGACACUUGUCUGGUGUACUUUUUCAUGAAAAGGAAAAAAAUGAUUAACAUGUUUACACAAGGAAAAAAAGUCAAAGUUAUCAUUUCUUAUUUUAACCUGUGUUUUGUAUCAUAAUAGACGUGCGGAUUUUUUAUUUUGUACUUACUGCGUAUUCUUUACAAGGAGUAUUGUAAAUUUUACUGGCAAUUAUUAUUGUACUAUUCUAAUGUAAGAUUUUUACACUUUUUCAGAAAUAAAAUGCUUAAUUUUCAAAGAA